UUUAACAAGUCCAUUGCUGUGGACACCUCCACGCUCCAGUCCAGUAGGUGGCGGUGUGCUCUUUCUAAAUGACAAUGUCAAACCAGAGAAGUAAAGAAGAAGAAGAGGCUGGGAGCUUAAUAUAAAGAAAACGAGGAAGUAAAGCGGAAGUGGGAUGUUUGGAAUAUUGCCGCGGCGGGAGUUUAAAGUCCGUGGCGUCGCUGGCUGGAAGAAACUGUUCAUACAACACAACUAAGUCUUGUUUUUUACUAGAUUCAUAUACCUGCCUUUGCAAAAUGUAGCAUUUGCCGCACUCAAAGAUGACGUCGCUGGAAUGAAACACAAGAAGCUGGUUAACAUUGAGAAGACAAACUGUCUAUUAGCAGGAAGGACAUCCACUGACCCUGCGUCCGCAGCGAUGACAAACUACCUGUCGACAGCGUUCAGGGCCCAGAUAACCACGACUAUGGACACUGUCCUCAGAUGUGCCGUGUUGGAGAUCACAGAAGUAUUUGACCAAUGCAUGCGGGACUAUUGCAGGGAGCUGACGGCGAAAGACGAGAUGAUAGCCCUGCUGGAAAUGAAGUUGCAGAAAAGGGAGCAUUUGCUGAAGGACGGAGACGGACGUGACGCAAGAGCAGCGGGCCACACGACAAAGUGUGAAGGAGAGGACAAAGAGGCCUUGGGAACUUCCAGCCAAACUUCAUGUGAGAUGCCAUUUGAAGUUCCUGCCGAGUGUAGCUUGGAGGAUGUGACCAAAGACUCCAGUAAUGUUUGUCCUGUUAGACUGCGCAAGUUGUCCAUUCCACUGCAACCCUGUCCCCUGCCACUCAGCAAGAGCAAGCAUUCAAAGAACGGAACAAAAAAAGGUUUUUUGCUAAAAAAAAGUCCAAAACAUUCUGAGGACAGACUUGUGACAAAAGGUGAGCGACAACGUCAUUUACCAGGAAGAAAAUGCAAAAGGUUGCUCCGGGAUGAUAAUGAGGAGGAAAGUUUAGACCCAGCGGUCAAAACGUCGUGUGGCAGAAGUGAGAGACGUCUGUCAGGAGAAGAGCAGCAGCACCUGACUGUCAAGCAGGUGAAAGAGGAUAAAACAAAAAGUGAGAGACGUCUGUCAGGAGAAGAGCAGCAGCACCUGACUGUCCAGCAGGUGAAAGAGGAUAAAACAAAAAGUGAGAGACGUCUGUCAGGAGAAGAGCAGCAGCACCUGACUGUCCAGCAGGUGAAAGAGGAUAAAACAAAAAGUGAGAGACGUCUGUCAGGAGAAGAGCAGCAGCACCUGACUGUCCAGCAGGUGAAAGAGGAGAAAACAAAAAGUGAGAGACGUCUGUCAGGAGAAGAGCAGCAGCACCCGGCGGGAGACAAAACAGCGGCAGCAGAAAGUGAAAGAAGUCUGACUGUCGAGCAGGUGAAAGGGGAUAAAACAACGGAGCUUGACCUGAUGUGGAUGGCACCGAUAGAAGACCCCGAAGAACUGGAGCUGAGCAACGGUCCAAGCCGAGGAGCAGAUUGCAACUGGGCUCCAAAUAAAGUCCAAAGCAAAGUGAGGUGGCAGGACAUGGGCGAGCAGCGUGGCAGCAACUUCAUCUGCUCGGUGUGCAGGAAGCAGCUGCUCAGCAGGUCUGCCUUGAUUGGACACUUUCGCAUCCACAUGGGGGAGAGACCUGUCCACUGCCACAGGUGUCCCAUGGCCUUCCGCACGCCCGCACAGUUAUGCAGGCACAACAAGAGCAUGCACCCUGCCCGCAAACCACUGCCAUCUUAGCCGUGUGGGAGAAGAUGGUUCAGAAGAGACAGUUGUGGAUGAAGGACCGCCAGUCACUCCAUAAAAGAACUCCGAUUCAUACUUGUAUCAAAGAGCAAGUCAGCAGUUCUUCUUCUUUUGUUUGACAUGUUUCUUAUGUUGCCAAAUGUUGGUGUCCAACACACUUUUUUUGUUAGCAUUUUGGUGGGUUGAAUAAACUCUCUAUCAAUUCUG